CACGGCUGGGGUGUAACAAGUUGGAAGGGCUUGGGAGCUGGAGCUUGCUCUCACAUCGCGCUAAAGAUAUAUGGUAGUACGCUGUGCAAUAAAACGCGACAAAGGUUCAGCUGCAGCGUGCUCUUCUGCACACGUACAGUAGGGGUCGCAAUGAGGUGGCCGACGGAGCAGACAGACUUGCCUGUCAAGUCCCGUGGAAGACCAAACGAACCGAUUCUCUGGACCGUACUCGACUCUUAUCGGAUCCACAUUCAGUCAACCCUCCCCGGCUCAAUUGGGGCUCACUAUGCGAGAGCCUCCGAAUACCUCCGGAGAUUUGGGGCCUCCGC